AUGCCAAAGUGCAUGAUCUACAGCCCCGUCGCCGCGACGGAGGCACAACAGGACGCGCUCCUGAAAGACGCUGAGAAAGCGCUUGCGGAGGUCCUGGGCAAACCGAUGAGCUAUGUGAUGGCAGGUUACGUCCAGACGGGGCUGAUGCGCCUCGGCGGAAGUUCCGACCCGUGUGCGUACAUUCGCGUCGCGUCGAUCGGCGGCCUCAGCAGCUCUGCAAACAACAAAAUCGCGGCCGCGCUGUCCGCGUCCUGCGAGAGACAUCUCGGCGUCUCCAAAAACCGCAUCUACACCACGUUCGCGAACAAGAGCGGCGCGGAGUGGGCGAUGGGUGACCGCACCUUUGGCUAA